UCUAUAGUUUGUCUAUGCAAAAAAUCACACUAAAUUUCUGCCAAAAGAUCUCAUCAAAUUCCUGUCAAUAAUAUUUAUUUAAACCUAAAAUGUUUUGUGAAAACGUAAAUUAUUGUGUUUAGUUAUCUUCAAUUAUUUUAAAAUUCACCAGUUAUUAAUAUGGGAAGUAAUCAGUCUACCAGAGCCACGCACUUCCAACGUCCUCCAAAUCCACAACCACCGAAGGUUGAUGAAGAGGAGUUAGAUGAUAACCGAAUCAGCAUUUCAAAUAAAAUGGUAGAACGUUUAGUAGAAGAUGCGACACUGAAUGGAUCUGCGCACCCUACAAGUCCAAAUUCUACGUUUGGGGAUUUUAAAGAAAAGAUUUAUAUAGAAAAACUCAAGUGCCUGGAUGACACGCAUUCAGAACGGCUUGGGAUAACAGUGGACGAAGUUAAAGCAAUGACUAAUCGUAUAGAAAUGCGUACAGCUAAUAUGGUUAGCGUUGAGCCAGUAUGCGCUGAUUACAAACAAAUUGUUAUAGACUGCUACAACAGUACAAGUUCCCCAUCUGAAGCAGCGGAGUGUUGGGAUGCUGUCGGUGCCUUCACUCAAUGCGUGCAAGAAGCAGGCGCAGACCGCUUGCGUGCACGUACAGAACGCGAUGCACGCGAUCAAGAGCGACGCUCGCGUCACGUGGCACAUGCAAGGGUACACGCUCUUAAGGAACUCUCGGGAGCUCACGGAGAUUCUCCUAAUUAUGAACGAUGACAUUCGAUUUACACAAUUUAAAUCAAAAAAGAGUAUGAAGCGAUCUUGGUGUGAAGACAGUAAAGAUCGGACGGUUAGAUAGUUCAGACGUUAGAAAAACGUUGAAAAAGAACCUAUGUCAGACUACACAACGAUAUCUAGGAACUAAUUGUCCCAGAAGAUCUAAACCCACUCUAACAACCUUUAUUAGUACCGGUGAAAUACUUUUAACACAUAUUGGUAUCAUCUAGUAUUUUUCAAGUAUUUAAAUCGUUAAAUAAAAACAAAUAUUUUUGUCAUGUCAUUGUAAUUCUAUAAAUUGCCAUACAAAUUGUAUGACUGAAACUAAAUUAGGUCUAUAUAUCUAGGUAUUGGCUUUCUUGGGACUCGUUUGGCCGUGUUGUCAUGUUAGUCGUUGUUUUCGUUUUAUCUCAUCGAAUUUGGCUUGCUAUGACUUUUCAAUUUCCGUUGAUGCCAUGGCCAAUCGACUCUUACCAGAAUAACUUUAUAAAUGUGUUUGUUACUUGUUUACUGAUUGCCGUGCUUGUCUGCAUUCCCCUUGUCAAUUACUAGACU